GCGCUGGGAGCUGGGCGAAACUCAGCAGCCCCAGAAUCAUGAGAAGGGAAAAACAUGAAUGAGAAAAAAUAGUAGUGAGAAAAGAGAAACUGGAGAUAUCAGGGCUAGAAGGUGGGGAGACAAGGAUCAACAGAAAAGAGACAGACUAAUUCAAGCCCUUGAGAAAUACAAAAAGCAUCUUGUACAUGGUCUUCCUACCUCACCGUUCAACUCCAGAAGUGUUUCUCCAAGCCAGCAGAAGGCAAGGUGGUCACUGUUGGAAAAUGGUCACCUACAUGUGAUGUCUGGUCAGAACAACUGUUCCAGGACAAAGAGAGAGCAGCCCCCCUCCGUAUCUUUUCAGAAGUUCACUUCAAGGACUCUGAUGCCAGCUCCUACUGCAAGAAAGACUAUCCAACAUACUGCUCGGCAUGCUUUGUCUCAGACUCCUGUUCACAACUCUGGUACAGACAGAUCAUUUGCUUCACCACUUCUGCAGCCUCGUGUGCAUUUAGGCAGUCGCAACAGGAAGAAUGCAUUGCAAAACUCUUUAAAUAAAACAUACUCUGGAGACCUCCUUGACAAACAUUCAAUUUACUUCACAGAAAAGAAGCAGCGUUUUACCCCUCAAAUCUUAAAGACAUCACACCAAUCCUCUCUUGUAAAACAGAGGUAUUAUAAUCCUCCUCCCCAAAAAAAGAGCUCCUCCCCUGGCAGACCAUCACUUAAAUCAGCAGACAUCAGUAAUGAAAAGAAAGGAGAGUUGCACAGAUUUUUAGAAGAUGCACAUGUGAGACCACAUUUGGAUCACUUUACUCAGCAGCCAGUUGAGAACCAUGAAUUAUGGAUUCCCGAUUCUGAAAUGCCACUUUCUCCAGGAUCACAACUUGAAGAAAAAGAAGAAGAGGAGCUUCAAUUUCUUCAAGAUCUUACAAAUGAUAUUUUGAUUAGAAGUUGUUAUCACAAAAAGGCAUUGGAAGAUGUAUUUCAAAUGCACAUUAAAAGUAAGAGGCAUAACCUUGAUGAGGUAAAAAGGAGAAGAAUAGUUCAAAGCCUGAAGAAAGAACUGAACAUCACAAACCAACCAGACCCUUCCAUCAGCUGUAAGGGCACACGGCAAAAGGACGCCAGCAUUCCUGCAACAUGCUUUUAACCUACAGCUUUGGGCAUUUCAGAAAGCAUUCAAAAUUAGUUAGGACAGCAAACUAGAUUUUACACUAAUUACAAGGUAAACCUUGGGCAAACAAGAAAAUGAAGAAGAGAUCCAGCUAAUGCAUCUUCCUGUGAUGUAACACAGUAUCGCUAUGGCAACAAUCAGGUUAACAUGCUAAGAACAAUACCAGAGCACUAAAGACUGGCAUUUUUACAGGGACUUUCACAAUCAGAAUAGAAAACCAGAUACAAGUGUCCUUUCAUUCCUUAGGGAUAGCUGACACUGACAAAACACAUCCUAUGCAAUCCUCUUACUAGGAAUUCUGAUGAGGCAUUUUGAUUUUUUUUUCCUACUGCACAUUUGAUUUACGGAUAGGUUGGAAACAAAGUUUUCGAUACAGCUUUCAAAACCCUACAUGAGUUGUGACCUGAAGUCUCUCAUCAGUCUGCAAUAGGAUGUAGACUAUUAAGUCCCAUUUUCAAGUGAUUUAGGUAUUAAGCUAAGUAACUCAAGAUCUCUUGAAAAUCUUGACUUAUAUUAGCUCAUAUGCCAAAAAGCUAAGAUUAGCUAGCACUAUAUUACAUGCUAGUUUCUGAAAAAUAACAGGCAUUGUAAUCUUUGAAAAUGCAAACAUUUCACACUUACUGAA